CAGACAACAGGUUGAGGUGCCAAAACGGUGCGUUGACUGAUGGCUGGCACCUCUGUCUGCUAUGGACUGUCCAUACGUCCGAUGGCUGUCUGUCUGUCUUUUUUCUUCCUUCCUCCUUGGCCUCAUUGCAUGAGUGCAGGCCGUGUCAGUCGAGUCCCCGCUUGCGAAACGUGGUGCGGGAGCUGCGCCGUUCCACGCAUCCCAAACGAGAUCAUCAACAACACGACGCGCAGCGCACGCAGCCGAGGCAGACACAGCAUCAAGAUGCUCGCAAAGCGGGCAGCAGAGAGCUUCCUCCUUCCCCUCUUUCUCAGUCCGUCGCGCACCCACCCAGGCACCCGCAAUGCGCAUCCCUUGACCCACACGAAAAAGCUUGAGGGCAGCAGCGACGAGAAACACCCAUCCAUCCAUCCAUCAAACAGACACACGCACACACGGGGGGCCGCUGAAUUCACCUGGACAACAAAUGCCCUCAAACCUAACCAAAGCCUGAGCCCUGAGCCCCUGAUCUGACACCCACCCCACCACCCUCCCUCACUCCCUCCCUGCCUCAAUUCUUCCUUCUGUCCUUGCUGCUUAGACACAAAUCGCAGAGGACUGCUUAGACUGCGGGGGAGGGGCUUGUGUGAGCUUCAAUUACUGAAUCACCAUCCCCCCUCCGCCCCUCUGCCCCCAUCCGGAAGCACACCCACCGCUCGGACCCCACGAGUGCAUGCCCGUGCCCAUGCCCGUCUCAGGCAUCCACUCGUGGCCGUCAAAACACUCGCGGCACUCGAAGUCGUAGUGCUCCUGCUCGAGCUGCUGCUGCUGGGAAAACCACUCCUCGGCACAGGCGUACUCGUACUCAUCGACGGGAUGCGGCACGGGUGAGCCGACGGGGAGCAUGAAGACGUCCUCAGCGAUGGUGCACAUGGCCUCUGCCGGCAGGUCGCGCAGCGGCAUCUGCACCACACUGUAGCUGAACUGCUGCUGCUCCUGCUGCUCUUGGGGGGAGUGAGGGGGAGGGGUCGAAGGCAAGGCUGAGCUGCCGCCAUCACGGCAGAGGUGCGCCAUCGGGCCCUGGCCGUAGGGGUAGAAGCUCUUUUCACACAUGUAGCCCUUCUCGUACAUCUGCACGCCGUCAUCAGCCCCUCCUCCCUUGCGCAUGCCCUUGAUGCCGCCGAUGCUGCUGCUGCUGCUGCUGGGCACAAACUCCUUGGCGCUCGCGUUCAGCCGGGACUGGCACUUGGGUGUCGUCGUGUCGACGACGUGUGCCUUGCCGCUGCCGCUGCCGGUGCUGGUGCUGGUGCUGGGGGCAGGGUGCGCCACCUCCGGUCCGCGCUUGUCUGCACUGAGGGCCUUGACAGACGUCUUGGAAGCCGCCAGGGAGAAGGGUACGGGUGCUGGUGCUGAUGGUGUGGGUGUGGGUGUGGGUGUGGUGACUUCGGGUGCUGUGUUGUUGCUGCUGUUGACAGGGGGUGGUGAGGGGGGAGGUGUGGGGGGCAGGAUGGGCCGGUUGGGGUCAGGGAUGGUGCUGCGGCUGGCUAGCUUCUUGCCGCUGUCGGGGGGGCAGACGAGCCUGUGGAUGCGCUUGAACUGCAUGACACACAGACAGGUGUUGUACGACAUGCCCACGAUGGGCGUGUGCAUCUGUUCGACGUACCUGGUUCUGCGAUAGCCACGCGCUCUUCUUCCACUUGCCGUCCUCUGAGCAAUCUGCGACACACGAGAAGAAGCACACACGCCCAUGCCCAUGGCCCACACGCGGAUGCACGUGUGUGUGCGUGCGCUGGCUUACAGCUGAUGAUCCUGUCCAGAGUGGCCGUGACGUUCUGCCGCACAGCCGGCGGCAGGUCGCGCUGCAAAUCCCUCUCGAGCUCAAUUAUCAUCUGCACACACACAUACACACACACACACACGCACACACGCACCAUAGGUGCAAUGUGAACACACACUCGCGCAUCUGUCGGUCGCUCACUCACUCACCGUCCAGGUCAUCUCAUGUUCCUCCCUCUCCCUGCUCCAUACACCGCUCUCGCGACCAAACAGAUCGUCGACACGGUCCAUCAGAUGGGCACUGGUGGUGGCGUCGCCCUCGGAGCUGUCGAUGUGUGUCUUAGUGUGUGUCGGCAGCAUGAUGUCGCUGUGCAGCGUGCCGAGGGCCUGGCGCCACUCGGCAAGCUCGAGACGCCGCUCCUUGACGCGGCGCAGGUAGAUGCGGGCCUUCUCCAUCUGCAGACCAUCACACACACAUGCGGGUGUGCUUGUGUUAGGGAGGGGUGCGUGUGUGUGUGUGUGUGCGUGGGUACAUCUAAUUUCAUGUUGGGGUAGAGCGAGUCGAUCUUGGCGUCGCCGUUCGGGAAAUGCUCCAGACAGAGGUCCUCCAACUUGCUGCAGUGCACGACCAACGACCAAGCACCCACACAGAACCAACCCCAGCUGCACUGCACUCCCUGUCCCUCUCCGAUGGUCCAGCCAUGUCAUGUGUUGUACCUAGAGAUGUUGAGUGCGCAUCCCACGGCAGCGUUGUUGGCGCAGUGGAAGAUGGAGGGGUGGAUAUCGCCGAGGCGCCAGCGGGGAAAGGCCACGUCCAGCGACCUCAGACACGACCUCACGCGAUUCGAAUACUCUACCUGCACCACAAGGCAGCAGGACAAACCACACAGGGGCCAUAGAUGCGCGUGUUGGUUGGUGGCACAUGCGGGUGUUGGCGUCAUGGCGUCACCUUCUCCCUCUUGGCGGCUUCCUCCUCGACGGUCCGCGCCUGCCGAAUGCGCGCCAGCAUCCCGCUCAGCACGUCUGCCUGCUGCUGCGUGAUCCACCGCCGCUCCGCCCCUCUGCUGUCGUCGUGUGUGCGCGAGUUGAGCGCCGCCUCGAGCACACGGAUGGUGCGCUCCUUGAGGUACUGUGGCGGCUUGGUGAACCACGGAGCAUCGCCCAACGCAGCCAGCGACUGCACACAUACAAGACACUCAUGUGACAUCAGUCAGUGUCGAUGUGGUGUUGUUGCAGGCACCCACCCACUCACUGACCUCGAAGAGUUUCAGCCGCUCUGCGUCGGUCUUCUUGUAUAUCUCGUCAGUGUGGGCGAAGAAAGUCUCGAGCAGCAGGCCCUGGCCGUGCUUCUUGGGGGCGGAGAUCAGAUCGUCAAACACCGCACUCAACUUCCAGAUACACCACACACAGACACACACACACAGAGAGAGAGAGAGAGAUGGGGAUGUGUAUACAGCGCGAUAUAUGUGUGUGUCUGCCCAGUGUGCACAUCGAUGUCGCCCACACUGACCAGUUUGCGGAAGUCGGGUGACUCCUGUGAGGCCGAGGGGGGUCGGCGUGUCGAGGACGGACAGGCCGGCCUCUUGCACGGAUCACGACCACGACCCAGAAACCGCAGCGCGAUACGAACCUGCCACACACAACGCACACACACAGGUGAACGAAACAGCAAGGAAAACCCUUCACAGGCCCACUGACGUCUUCGCGCAGGUCGCUAUCGAGAGGGUCCUCCUGGUGUGCCGCCAACACGCGCUCCCGCCACUGCAGGAGGUUGACGAGGUGCCGCCUCAGAGCAGUGCCGCGCUCACACAACGCCACGGCAGCCUGCUCCGUCCGCCACUGCGGAUGCAGCUUCGUCACACCCGCCAGGAUGCCCUUCAGCUUGUCAUUGAACUUGUCACGGUACCGCUCCGCGCACUGCGACGUGCACUGCGUGUGAGCCUGUGACACAACAACACGGCGACGAUGCUGCAAAUGGAGCUUUUGGCCGCUUCUUUGGUGAGUGUGUUGACUGACCUUCGAUUCCCCGCCUGAGCAGCUGUUUGCAGCGGGCGAUGCCUGCCGCUCGUGGCGAGGAGGGAUGGCAGUCUUGGGUUUGGCUGAGGCCAUGUCCCCUCUGCCUCUAUCCUCCUUCAUACCCGAAGGAAGAGCCAUCAUCAAAACGACGCAAGAGAGGUUUUCUCGCUGAGGUCGUU